GUUGUAUCAGCCGCUGAAUGUGGAGUGACGUUGGUGAUGAAACCAAUAAGGAUGACGAUGACAAUGAACUUGAUUGGUAAUGACAAUAAUAGUGAAGAUGAUGAAAACGGGAGGGAUGAUAACAAUAAUGAACUUGACGAAAAGCGAAUUUCGAUGGGAUGCUGCGGUUGA